CCGCGGCCUGUUUGCGGGGGCACUUUUACUACCACGGUUAUUGCCGCAAAUCAAGAGGGCAAAAGGAAAGAAAGUGCGGGCGAGAUGGGACUCGCGGCAACUUUCAGUACUCCUGUGCGUCUUUCCGCCGCCAAGUUCACGGCCAACAAUUUCACAUGCAGAUGAUAAAUGGCCAUUUGGGAGCAGACAUUUUCAACGUGCUGUCCCGUCUGUUUUUCUUUUUAAAACAAAUCUCCCCCAGUUUGCCGCACGCUAACUUUGCACCCAAACAUGACAAGCCUGCAGGCGAGGUUCAGUGCAGGCUUCCCUCUCCCGUGCAGCGUCAACCCGGGGGAGAGGAGCAGUGAACCCAGCGUGGUGCUGCCACCUUUGGCAGGGGAGCACACGGGACUCCCCACUGGCACUUCCUUAAAACUCUGCCCCUCGCGCUCUUUGCGAGACUACCCCGAGACGAGGUCCAGUGCAUACGUUGACCACUCGCUCCCCCACUACUUCGAGCAGCCCGGCCCUAGGGGCUUCCUCGUCGGAGGCGGCAUGCCACCGGGCACCGAGCAGCUUGCGCCGUCAAGGGGGAACCACCAGGCGCGCUACCGGGACUUCACCGGCUGCAGGGACGCCAGAACCGGCUCCUUUUUUACCAGCUACCAGGAGCAGGCCUCCGGCGGCGAGCACGGUCAGGUGAUGCUGGGCAUACCCGGCGACCUCCUCACCCGGGGCCACCCGUACGGGGGCGCCGCGAGUCCCAAGGGAGGCGUUACGCCCUUCCUGGGGCUCUACAAACCCUUCGUGCACCACCGCGGCGGAAGCGACGCGCUCCUCAGGUGCGGCGCCAAAGUUAAGAGCGAGCUGGUGUGCAAGUGGAGCCCCGACGGGCCGGCGUGCUCCAGAGCCUUCGGGACCAUGUACGAGCUCGUCAGCCACGUGACCGUGGAGCACGUCGGCGCGGCGGAGCAGGCCGAGUACGUGUGCCGGUGGGAGAGGUGCGCCCGCAACAGCAAGCCCUUCAAAGCCAAAUACAAGCUGGUCAACCACGUCAGGGUCCACACUGGGGAGAAGCCCUUUCCCUGCCCCUUCCACGGCUGCGAGAAGGUCUUCGCCAGGUCGGAGAAUCUCAAAAUCCAUAAGAGGACGCAUACAGGUGAAAAGCCUUUCAAAUGCGAAUUUGAGGGUUGCAACCGGAGGUUCGCCAACAGCAGCGAUCGCAAGAAGCACUCGCACGUGCACUCCAGCGACAAGCCGUACACGUGCAAAGUAAGAGGCUGCGACAAGUGCUACACGCACCCGAGCUCGCUCCGCAAGCACAUGAAGCUCCACGGCUCCAAGGAGGCCCCGAGCGGCGGUGGCGCAGUGGCCGCGGCAGGAGACUCGCAUCCUGGUGAUCACGGCACUGAGUCCCCGUUGCUUCUCAGCUCCAUUCACGACGUGGGGUCAUUGUCCCCGGGGAGUCCAGACGACUCGAGGUCACGGCUUCCACUCGGGUUCGACAACAGGUCGCAGCCCCUGCUGGACACGCUGUUGCUGCAGAGAGCCUCCUAUAGCAGCACCGGAAGCGGCAGUGCCGUAGGAGGAGGCGGCACCAUGAGGGCUCAGGCCGCCCAGUACCACUGCGGCCAGGCCGGCCACACUUUUGCUCAACAAAGCAGGACUUUUACGUCUGCCCACUUCCAAAAACGUUUCGUCAACGGGUGGUAUACUUGUCACAGUGGUGUCGACUCGUAGUCUGACGAGCAGUGGACAUUUCAUUAGGUACACCUUGCACAAUGAUGUGCAGACCAAUUGAAAUAAAUUUAUAUGAUUCAACAAUGAAGAAAACAAACUCUAAGAGGCACUUGCGAAGCAGGUGAUUAAUUCAAAGCACGCACUCGGCCGACGUUGUGGCCCGGUGACGUGAAUCCUGUGUCCAGUUGUCUUGCAAAAAAAAAAAACUUUGAGACAUGAUGUAAUGAAAGCUGCGUCCUCUGACUUCAUAAACAAUUGUUUGUCUAACAUUGGAACCCAUGUUGGUCAUUUUUGUAUCCCCCCACUGUUGAAAGGCUUUGUUAUAUUUUUUCCACCCACACCUUUUACACAAUAUUCAAACGGUUUCUACUCCAAAAUAUAUAUAUAUAUAAAAUACACGACUCAGACCAAAAACUCCACAGCCCUCUUAAAAAAACUAAUAUAUAUGUAUAAUAUAUAUAUAUAAUUCUUAUUUUGGACAAGAAAGCCCUUUUCGUUUCAGAUUACACAUGCAACAUUGCUAUUGCUCAUUCAAAUCAUAUUGUCACCCCCACAAAACUUCUCCAUUCACUUAUCGACUUUCAUUUUGGACCCACAAAAGAAAAUCUUUAAUCAACUAGACUCAUAAUACAUUUAGUGUUACCAAUAUAAAUCAUUACAAUUUUAAAGUCUUCUGCUCAUGACCAAAACAUUACUAAAAGUCACCUUUGCAUGAAAGCAUUCCCACCCAAUUUCUCCAGAAAUUGCAAUUUCUAUUUAUUUUAUACGCGUUACAACUUAUUUAGCAACGCAUAAAAAAGUUCCUCUUCUUGAUGAUGAAAUGUUACUCGUGCCAUUGAUGACGAUAGACGUAAGAUCCAUUUUGACUGUGUUGGGAGGCAGCGCUGGUUUGAGUGAUGCCAGCCCCUCCCAGUCAAAAUGGAUUGGACGUCUAUCACCGCCAAUGGCCGCCAGUGAGUAAACACUCGACAGUGCUUCAUUUAAUGAACCACAAAGGUGUCCAACAGACCCUUCAUUAUUUUCCCCAGCAUGUCACUCUGAUGAAUGCGUUUUCUCCUGCAGGUGUACCUAAUGAUGUGUCCAGUGAGUGUUUCACAGCUCGUGCAGCACGUGUCCCUUUUUGUGCUCUUCGUGUUACAUAUUUAGUGAUAAGUUGUGAACUGUGUUAUAAUAAAGCCUCCCGUUUUUGUUGUUUGCUUUGACACGCCCACUGCCACAGUGGGUGAUGGCAAUUUUUUUCCCUCCAGCAUUGUGCACAUGUCUAUUUGUGGGCUGUCGUUACUUUUAUUAUUAUUAUUAUUAUCAUGGAACCUAAUUCUGCCUUUACAUGAAUGUAAACUCUUCCAUCGCGGGGAUUUUUUGAAUGUAAAUUAAGUGUAAUACGUACAGAACGUGUGUUGCUCUCUCGUAGGCCUAAAGCAUUGUGAUAGUGCUGCAACGAACACGCGUGUUCUCUUAAAUGUACAUUUCCACAUAUGUGUGCAACGUGAGCAGCCAUUAAAAGCUGCCCUAAUUAGUAUUCACUUUUACUGUACUGUACAGAAGCCUGUUGUAUAAUUAACUAUGUAUUCUAUAUUUUAUUAAAAUCUCUAUAUAUUCUCUUUGAUCAGAUGCGCAGUUGUGGUCAAGUUAAUUAAUUGAUUUGGUUAUUUACUUCCCACGGGAUGAUAAAAAAAAAAAAAGCAUAAU